AUGCUCUUCCUCUUCCGCUGGGCUGAGAGGGCCCGGCUCGGCGCGGAGGCAGCCGCUAGUCUCACUUCUAGCACGAGGAUGCCAAAGAAGGGGAAAGGCCAGAGUAAGGAGCCAGCAAAACCACUUCCUCCUACUGGACCUGUAGCAGUUGAUCAGAGUGGUUCCAUCACAAUAGCUAUUCAUGCCAAACCUGGCUCCAAACAAAAUGCUAUAACAGAUGUGACAACUGAAAAUGUAAGUGUAGCUAUUGCUGCACCUCCAUCAGAAGGGGAAGCUAAUGCAGAACUAUGUCGAUAUCUUUCCAAGGUCCUGGAAAUUAGGAAGAGUGAUGUUAUCUUAGAUAAGGGUGGUAAAUCUCGUGAAAAAGUGGUUAAGAUCUUGGCAUCUACAACUCCAGAAGAGAUUUUGGAGAAAUUGAAAAGGCAAGCAGAAGCUCCCUAAAAUAAACAAAAAAAGCCAGAUAUGAACAUUACGUUUCAUGGAACUUUUUAAUACUAAAGAAGUAAAUUCAUAAAGAGAAAAAUCUAGGUAAUACUUGGAAGAUAGUGCUUUGAAGAAUAACAGGCCUCUGAAAAUACUCUCCAUGGAAUGUUGGAAAAGUCAAAGUAUCACAGCUGAUAAAGGCAAAGUAUGCUGUGGCCAAACUUACUACUGAAAAUAUCCAA